UUGGUUGGACGCAAAAGGCAACUGGACUCUGCACAGUGCACAUCUCAUUCCUACUCUUUAGUGAUCAUCACUUGAUGUUGUCUGAAGAGUGCAUGACUUGAUACUUGAUGAUGAUGAUGAUGAUGAUAUUCAAGACAAAGGAAGCUUAAGAUAAUCCUCUUCCAUUUCUCGAUUUCACUCAGAUGGAAAUUAUUGUGUCUGGUGUUACUGAUGCUCUGCUCUCUGCUUGCUUCCGCUCCCUCUGUGAAACUCUGUUGUCCCCCGACUUCCGUAAAUUCUCACGGGAGGAGCAACUUGUAGCCGAAUUGAAUAAGUGGCAGAAUUUGCUGCUUAAACUGAACGCCUCGCUUGAGGAUGCCGAAGAAAAGCAAAUCACAACUCGAUCUGUCAAACUUUGGCUCGAGGACUUACAGGAUGUUGCCUUUGAUGCCGAAGACGUUGUUGACGAACUUGCCACCGAGGCUUUGCGGCGGAAACAUAUGAAGCACACUCUGUCUUCACCAAGCACCACUAAGGUAUGGAGCUUCUUUCCAUCUUGUUUCCGUGCUAUCAAUCCAAAUUCUAUUAAGUUUGAUGCCAAGAUGAAGUCCCGAAUACAAGAAAUUAGUGCAAAGUUUGAUGAGUUAGUGGCACGAAAGAAUUAUUUGAGUUUAGAAGAGAUUGGCAGAGGGAGGUCUGAGAAAGUAUUUCAGAGUUGCACCACUUCUCUUGUUGACGAGUCUCGUGUUUAUGGUAGGAAAAGUGAUAAAGAUGCCAUUGUAAACUUGUUGAUAGAUGGCAGAGAGAUGAGUAAAGGUGAUAUUGGUGUGGUUUCCAUUGUAGGUAUGGGAGGAGUAGGUAAAACUACUCUUGCUCAGUUAGUUUAUAAGGACGUGAGAAUUAAGACUUCAUUUGAGUUGAGAGCUUGGGUUUGUGUCUCUGAGGAAUUUGAUUUGCUGAGGGUGACAAAGACCUUGCUUCAUGUUAUUGCUUCUGAUAUUGGCGAGUUAAAGGAUUUAAAUUCACUUCAAGAGCAGCUAGAGAAGAAGCUGCUGGGAAGAACGUUUUUGAUCAUUUUAGAUGACAUGUGGAAUGAGAAUUAUGAACUUUGGGAUAUUCUAUGCAGACCCUUUGCAGCAGGGGCUGCUGGAAGUAAAAUACUGGUCACAACUCGGAAUGAAAAAGUUGCAGCAGUUGUAGCUAACUGCAGGGGAUACGCUUUGAAGGAACUGUCGUAUGAUGAUUGUCUCCCAAUAUUAACCUCUCAUGCUCUUGGAGCCAAAAAUUUCGAUGAAUACCCGAAUUUAAGAUUGGUUGGCGAGCAAAUAGUGAAGAGAUGCAAAGGGUUGCCACUUGUGGCUAAGGCCUUGGGAGGUCUGCUUCGCACUAAAGUUAAUGAGGGUGAAUGGAAGGACAUAUUGAUGAGCAAGAUAUGGGAUUUGCCUGAAGAAAAAAGUGACAUAAUGCCAGCUCUGAGGCUAAGCUAUCUUCAUCUUCCUUCCCAUUUGAAACGAUGCUUUGCUUAUUGCGCUAUAUUUCCAAAGGACUAUGAAUUUGAAACGGAUGAGCUGGUUCAAUUGUGGAUGGCGGAGGGUUUCUUACAACAACCUAAAGGAGGGACACAAAUGGAGGAUUUAGGUUUGAAAUGUUUUAAUGAGUUACUCUCGCGAUCAUUUUUCCAGCAGUCAAACAGCAGCCAAACACGAUUUGUGAUGCAUGACCUCAUAAAUGAUUUAGCUAAAUCUGUUUCUAGAGAAAUAUGCUUUAAUUUUGAGGAUAUGGAUAUGCUUAAGAGUGAUGAGUUAUGCAGAGCUGUUGAAAAGUUUCGCUAUUUAGCCUUCACUCGUGAACAGUACAUCACAAAAAGAUUUGAAGUCCUUUGUCGAAUGAAGAAAUUAAGAACGUUGAUUGCAUUACCAACUUGUAUGCCUACUUCGGCUGCAUGUUGCUAUUUAAGUGGUGAUGUCUUGCAGAAUAUGCUGCGUAGGUUCAGAUGCUUAAGAGCGCUAUCCUUGAGUGGUUAUUCCAUCACUGAGCUACCCCAUUCCAUUGGUGAUUUCAAGCAAUUGCGCUACCUGAAUUUGUCUCGCAGUAGAAUUAAACAGUUACCUCAAUCUGUGGGUUUUCUUCUCAACUUGCAAACCUUGAAAUUGCAAGGGUGCGAGGAACUUACCAAGUUGCCACCCGUUAUCCAAAAUCUGGUGAGACUUCAUGUUCUUGAUCUUACCGGUACUAGUAAUUUACAGGAGAUGCCAUUUAAGGUUGGAAAUUUGAAGAAUCUUCAGAUUUUGUCCAAAUUAAUUGUAGGUAAGGGCAUUGGAUCUGCUGUUAGUGAAUUGAGGGGCCUGUUACAUCUUAGGGGCGAGCUCUCCAUUUUGGGGUUGGAAAAUGUUGCAGAUUUCCAAGAUGUUAGCAAUGCAUAUCUCAAAGACAAGGAUGGUUUAACUGAGUUGAAUUUGCAAUGGAGCGAUGAGUCCCUUAACUCCCAAAAUGAGGAAGGUCAAAUGCACGUUCUUGAAAGGCUGCUACCUCAUAAAAAUCUGGAGAAGCUGAUAAUUCGGUUCUAUGGUGGUAGAAUGUUCCCUUCUUGGUUAGGUGAUCCUUCAUCGACUAACAUAGCGUUCUUAGAACUCUAUAACUGCAGAAGGAGCACAUCACUUCCAUCACUUGGGAGACUGCCCUCACUAAAAAAAUUGUCCAUAAUUGGAAUGUAUAGAUUGCAGAAGGUGGAUGCUAUGUUUUAUGGACACGGUUCCCCAUGUAUUAAGCCUUUUCCAUCACUGGAAUUUCUACGGUUUAAGGAUAUGUUGGAAUGGACAUACUGGUCUUGUCCUAGUCAAGCUAAUGAAGACUUGGAAGAAUUGCCUUGUCUCCGUGAGCUGGUGGUAGAGAAUUGUCCCAACUUGAGUGGAAUGUUACCUCCUCGUUUUCUUUCUCUUGUGAAACUUGUAAUUAAGCGUUGCCCAAAUUUAAAAGCUUCACCGAUGAGUUCCCCGUCUCUUAAUGAGUUAAAUGUUGAAGAUUCCAAUGAAGAGUUGCGGGGUAGCAUUCUUCAGCAUCCUCAAAACGGGGCUGUGCAGUUUCCAGGUUUCAGUUCCAACUGCAUUGGAUUAACAUCAUUAUGGGAAAAGGGUGCUAUUUUGUGGAAUAUUGCUGCUCUUGAGCGUCUGAAAAUUAAGGGAUGUUCACAGUUUGUGCCAUUGGCUGAAAAUGAGUGCGUCUUUACAUCUCUGAAGGAUUUGCAAAUUGAGUCAUGUCCAAAUCUUGCAUUCUUUCCCCAGACAGGUUUCCUUCCCAAGUUAAAACAUCUUAAGCUCAAAGAUUGUCGGGGUCUAAAGUCUCUGCCAAGUGCAAUUAUGAUACUUAAUUGUCCUCUCGAAGAAUUGGAGAUUGAAAGUUGUUCCGCUCUCACAUGCUUUCCAAGUGGCUGGCUACCUACCACACUUAGACGUUUAAAAAUCAGGUUCUGUCAAGCUCUAAUUUCUCUACCAAAGGGACUGAUGCAGACUGAUAACAGCUCGAGCAGCAUAUCUCAUCUUGAGAACUUGGAGAUCAUUGAUUGUCCUUCUCUCAUUUCAUUUCCAAAAGGCAAAUUUCCCAGCAGCCUUAAAAUACUUAAGAUAUGGAAAGUAUUUCAUUUGGAACCCCUUUCAGAUUGGAUGCUGCCCAAAAAUUCAUCGCUUGAGUUCAUUAGUAUCAUUGAUUGCAGGACCAUGGAAAGCUUGCCUGAGUGCCUAAACAGUCUCACUCAUCUGACGGAAUUAAACUUACAAAGCUGUCCUGCUCUAAAAUACUUCCCAGAAAUGGGCCUGCAACUUCCCAACCUCAGAAAGUUUGAAGUCUGUGAGUGCAGUAGUCUCCAGUCCCUUCCUUAUCAGAUGCUAAGGCUGACCUCUCUUCAAUAUCUAACAAUUAGUGAGUGCCCUAGUCUUUUGUCCUUUCCAAAAGGUGGCUUGCCUUUGAACCUAUUGGCUCUUGUGAUCUGGAACUGUAAAAAUCUUGAGCAGCCCAUCUCAGAGUGGAACCUGCACAAUCUAGUCUCUCUUAGGGAUUUGACCAUUGCUGGUGCACCAGAUAUGGUUUCCUUUCCAGAUGAAAUGCGUUCGCUUCCCACAAGUCUAAUGUGUAUAUAUAUAUCAAGCCUUCAUAAUUUGCAAUCUCUGUCUGAGGGGCUCCAUAAUCUGACCAUGAUUAAAGAGCUGGAAGUCUGUGAUUGUCCUAAGCUUCAACGGUUACCAAAGGCAGGCUUACCUGCAGAACUUGGAAGAUUUUGUAUCAGGGACUGUCAACUUCUAAAACAACGUUGUUUGAAGGAUAAAGGGGCAUAUUGGCCUAUGAUAGCUCACAUUCCUUGUCUGGAAAUAGAAACUCCUGAUGAUUAAUGGUUGGAUGUUGUAGUUUGUAUUUUUCAUUGAUAGAAUUGCAACAAUGUGUCUGCGGUUGGAAGAUUAUGAAGCUGAUUGAAUUAAAUCUACAAUCAAGAAGGUUGAUCCGAACUUUAAAGAACAAGUGUGGUGAUGAUGGAAAAAAGUGGUCGAGGGAGGUGAAAAAUAUGGUGGUUGGAAUAAUUUCAGAGAGAAUUCCAAGGCUCAAAAGGUUCUAAAUGAAGCUUCUAUCUCUCAUUUGUAAUCUCACCAAAGAAAGUCACAAAAGAGAAUUGAAAGUUGCAAGAUUCUAGGUAGGCCGCUGUUUACUUGCUCAUGAAGCUCGGAGUUCAUCGUUUCUUAGGAUCAGAAAGUUCAUCCGUGGCUUUCCCAUCUCUUUCUAGAUUUGUAGAGUUAUGGUUCGCAUUUUCGACCAAACGGUGUCCUGAUUACGCAUGGCAACGUGCACUUCAAGAAAUUUCAGCUUAUAAAUAGGUCUUAGUUACUUUAAGUUUAACAUAACAGAAAUACUUUGAGAGGAAGGGUUUCGAGUUUUCAUUUAAUUCUCUCCUUUUUUGUACUCUUCUUUAUUAAAGUGAAAUAUCCUUUUACCCGUAAUUUUUUAUUCUCUUUUGAUUAGUUUUUUCAAAUAAA